UCCUAUUUUCUUCCUUUGAGAAUAUUAUUAUUAUUAUUAUUAUUGUCCUUGUUUUUGUCCAUCAUGGCUGCCCCCCAAACUCGUCAACUUUCAUCGCUUGACAAGGUUGAGAUGUCUACACAUGUAAACGACACUGAGAAGAACCAGGUUCAAGAACCUGCAGAUAAUGAGUUUGACUACUCUCAGAGAGGACAGUGGCUUCGUGCCGCCGUGUUGGGAGCCAACGAUGGAUUAGUUUCCGUUGCAUCUCUAAUGAUGGGUGUUGGAUCUGUUAAAGAAGACGUCAAAGCCAUGAUCGUUGCUGGUUUCGCAGGGUUGGUUGCUGGAGCCUGCAGCAUGGCAAUUGGAGAGUUUGUGUCUGUGUAUACCCAAAGGGAUGUAGAGAUAGCUCAAAUGAAACGAGAGAAGCAAAAGAGAGAGAGUGAAAAUGUUGAUGGUAAUGAUAAAGCGGGUGAUCAGAAGGAGCAGCUGCCCAAUCCAGGACUAGCUGCUGCAGCAUCAGCCUUGGCCUUUUCAGUUGGUGCAGUGCUUCCGCUAUUGGCAGCAGCCUUCAUAAGGGACCAUAAGGUAAGGAUGGCGGUGGUGGUUGCGGUGGCUACCAUGGCUUUGAUGGUGUUUGGAGCGCUGGGUUCUUUGCUUGGGGGGACUCCGGUAGUGAAGUCCAGCGCCAGGGUGCUUGUUGGAGGAUUGAUGGCCAUGGCUAUUACUUUUGGGCUCACCAAGUUGAUUGGCUCUGGUGGGAUGCAAAGUUGAGUUGCUUCAUCCUCAACUCUUCUUUCUUCUUUCUCCUUGCGUGUUCCACUGCC